GCAACCACAUUGCCAUACAGUACUCAGUAGUCGUACACAUUCUCUCGUACGCUUCUUCGAGCAGAAUGAAGGGAGGAGGAUCAAAGAGGAGAUUGCUCCGGGCCUUCCUCCACUCAUGGAAGAAGCUCGGCGCCGCCGCCGCCGCCGCGGCCCCGGCGGCCGGCGAGUGGGCUCCUCUCGACGGUGACGGCGAGGGCGCCAUCCCGAGCGACGUGCCCCGGGGCCACACGGUGGUGUACGUCGGCGAGGAGCUGCGCCGCUACGUCGUCAGGGUGUCGUCCCUCGACCACCCGCUGUUCCGCGAGCUGCUCGACCGCGCCAGGGAGGAGUACCAGUUCGCCGCCGGCGCCGACGCGAGGCUGUGCAUACCCUGCGACGAGGACAUCUUCCUCGGCGUCCUCUGCCAUGUCGACUCCAAGCAGGAGCACUGGAGGCUGAUCUCGUUUUGCAGAUAGCUAGCUGCUGUGCUGCCUGCUGAUGCAUGUCGUUGUUCAUGCCUAGGAUUGGAUGUUUCGGACUCGUUGCUCCGAGGAAACGGAAGAAUUAAUUAAUUCGCGUGAAUUCUCACGUGUACAGGGGCAUUUAGGCUUUGUUAGAAUGUUGGCAGUUUGUUUUGGUUCCAUUGUUGUAUUGGAUAUUUGGAUUCUUCAAGGAUGGAGAUGGACCAUGAAUGGUACUCCCGGCAUAUUUCUUUUUUCGCUUAAAGUGUGAUUAGCAUGCAUGUAAAGAUUUGCUCGAGUGAAGAAGAUACAGUCUUUUC